AAAAAGGGGGGGCGGCUGCUCCGGACCCGGGCCUGGGCCCUGGCGGGAGCGAUCCGGUACGGCCGGGCGCUGCGCUCGCCCUGCGCCAUGCGCGCAACGCACCGGGGCUGCGCGGCCCGGCAGGAGCGGCGGCCGCGGGGCGAGCGCCUCUGAGGGGCAAUGGCACAGGACAACGCUGCCUUUUGCGGGGUGACCGAGGGGGUCCCCGGGGAGGCCAAGCCCCCCCCGGUGCCCCCCCGACGGCGAGGGGCCGGCGCCCGCAAGCGCCAGCGUUACGUGGAGAAGGAUGGCAAGUGCAACGUGCAGCACGGGAACGUGCGGGAGACCUACCGCUACCUCACUGACAUCUUCACCACCUUGGUGGACCUCAAGUGGCGCUUCAGCCUCCUCGUCUUCAUCCUCGCCUACGCCGUCACCUGGCUUUUUUUCGGCCUCAUCUGGUGGUUCAUCGCCUACUGCCGAGGGGACCUGGACCACCUGGAGGACCACGCCUGGACGCCCUGCGUCAACAACCUCAACGGCUUCGUCUCCGCCUUCCUCUUCUCCAUCGAGACGGAGACCACCAUCGGCUAUGGCCACCGUGUCAUUACCGACAAGUGUCCAGAGGGCAUCGUGCUGCUGCUGCUCCAGGCCAUCCUGGGCUCCAUGGUCAAUGCCUUCAUGGUGGGCUGCAUGUUUGUGAAGAUCUCCCAGCCCAACAAACGAGCCGAGACCUUGGUCUUCUCCUCCCAUGCCGUGGUCUCCCUGCGGGACGACCGCCUCUGCCUGAUGUUUCGCGUGGGUGACCUGCGGGACUCGCACAUCGUGGAGGCCUCCAUCCGUGCCAAGCUCAUCAAGUCCAAGCAGACGCAGGAGGGCGAGUUCAUUCCUCUGGACCAGACCGACCUGAGCGUGGGCUUUGAGACGGGCGAUGACCGCCUCUUCCUUGUGUCGCCCCUCAUCAUCAGCCACGAGAUCGAUGAGCGCAGCCCAUUCUGGGACGUCUCACGGCACCAGCUGGAGAAGGACGAUUUCGAGAUUGUCGUCAUCCUCGAGGGGAUGGUGGAGGCCACAGGGAUGACGUGCCAGGCUCGGAGCUCGUACCUGGCGGACGAGGUGCUGUGGGGCCACCGCUUCACCCCGCUGCUGAGCCUGGAGGAAGGCUUCUACGAGGUGGACUACGGGGGCUUCCACCAGACCGUGCCGGUGCCCACCCCGGCCUGCAGUGCCCGGCAGCUGGCAGCUGCGGCCGCCCGCCGCGAUGCCCACCUCUACUGGUCCAUUCCCAGCCGCCUGGACCAGCCGCUGGAGGAGGCGGCGGCGGCAGAGGGAGGGGGGGACCCCGACACCCCCCGGGAGAGCAAUGGCACCCUGGCCAGCCCCGAGGCGCGGUGAUGGGCCACGGGCGGGCGCGGGGGUGCUGGGCGCCCGGCUGCUCCCCACUGUGCUUUCUUUUAAUAAAUACCCCCCCCCCGACA